AUGGCACAAGCCUGCAUGGCGUCGAUGACGGGCCUCUCGCAGGGCGUUCUGCCCAGCAGGCGCGCUGUCAGCAGGGCCAGGGCGGCCGUAGUCGCCAGGGCGUCCGCCGAGGGCGAGGCCGCAGCGCAGGCGGGCCGCCGCGCCGUGCUCGGGCUGGUGGCCGCCGGCAUCGUCGGCGGCGCCUUGUCGCAGGCGGUGCACGCCGCGCCUGUCAAUCCCAUCAAGAUCGGAGCCCCGCCGCCGCCCUCCGGUGGACUCCCCGGGACUGAAAACUCUGACCAGGCGAGGGACUUCGGCCUCCCCUUGUCGGAGCGGUUCUACCUGCAGCCGCAGCCACCGGCUUUGGCGGCGGAGAGGGUGAAGACGUCGGCGCAGGACAUCAUCAACCUCAAGCCGCUCAUCGACAAGAAGGCGUGGCCGUACGUCCAGAACGACCUCCGCCUCCGGGCCUCCUACCUGCGCUAUGACCUCAAGACCGUCAUCGCAUCCAAGCCCAAGGAGGAGAAGAAGAUCCUCAAGGAGCUCACCGGCAAGCUCUUCAGCACCAUCGACGGUCUUGACCAUGCCGCGAAGAUCAAGAGCACCCUAGAGGCCGAGAAAUACUACGCAGCAACCAAAGAUGUGCUCGGCGAUGUUCUCGCCAAGAUAGGCUAG